UCCUCCUCCUUCCUGCCUGACCUGCCUUUCAGUUCCUGCUGGGGAACUGGGUGGCUUAACUUCCCCCACUUCCCUGCCAUACUGCACUGCUAAACAAUAACCAGUCUACCAGUUGUGAAACCCAGGAUUCAAAGAAGAUUCUGGGGUCCUGAUGAUUGCCAUUUAUUUCUUCAUCAACUAUUUUCAAGCUUGUUGAGGUGCUUUUCCAGCAUCUUAUUUUCAACUCUGCAUUGGUGAUUUUCAGCAGCAUACAAUGGCUUCUCCAACAACAGAGGCUCAGUCUUCAUAUCCCCUGUUUCUUUUUUCAUGAUUGAAAAAACACAAAACAACCCCACGAGAGAACAGUGAGUGAGCCCAAUGAAAAACAGACUUUGAGGAAUCUUUAAAAAAUAGAUGGAAGUGUAAAAUUCUCUUGAAGCAGAAAUUAGUAGUUACUUCCAUAUUUAAGAUCUUGGUGGUUAUGGCAAAUUUUACACCAAUGAAUGGUACAAUGGGCUACAGAUUGGAUGAAUUACGGUCAUCUGCAACAUGACAUAGCGUACCAUACCUUUUUCUUGUCACUGUGCUGUACGGAGAGAUUUUGAAACAUAACAUCAGAGAGAAAAAGUUUUCAUGUCUCAGGAGAGACAUUAUCAUCCCUUGAGAGCACAAAUGUCAGCCCACAUGUUGAUACAUUCCCCUUUUUGUUUCCAAAAGAGGAUUUCACAGAAUUACGGAGUGCCUGAUCCAACCGACCACUUUGAUGUUCUUCACUAGACUAUACUGUCAGAGACACAAUGAUCAUGCACAAUAACAGUACAAUCUCCCCCUUGGUUUCAAAUGUGAGCUCCUUCUGGAACAGAGAUACCCAAGGACCAGGACCUGUUGAUGAUACAACAUUAUUCACUGGCAGCUAUGACUUCACUCAAAAAAAUGAGAGUUUUCCCUUCACCUCUGUAGAAGCAACCAAUGCAUCCCUUAAUGAAACAGGCAAAGACCCUCUUGGCGGACAUACUGUGUGGCAAGUAGUUUUGAUUGCUUUUCUCACUGGUAUCCUGGCUCUGGUGACAAUCAUAGGAAACAUUCUAGUGAUUGCAGCAUUUAAAGUUAACAAACAACUGAAAACAGUCAACAAUUAUUUCCUGCUCAGCCUUGCUUGUGCCGAUUUGAUCAUUGGUGUUAUUUCCAUGAACCUUUCCACCACAUAUAUCAUCAUGGGCCAAUGGGCUUUGGGGAACUUGGCCUGCGAUCUUUGGCUGUCCAUUGACUAUGUAGCCAGCAAUGCCUCUGUCAUGAAUCUCCUUGUCAUAAGUUUUGACAGGUAUUUUUCCAUCACUAGGCCACUUACAUACAGAGCUAAACGAACAACAAAAAGGGCUGGAGUGAUGAUUGGCUUAGCGUGGGUCAUCUCAUUCAUUCUUUGGGCCCCUGCCAUCUUGUUCUGGCAGUAUUUUGUUGGGAAAAGGACUGUGCCUCCCAAUGAAUGUUUUAUCCAGUUUUUAAGUGUACCUAUCAUCACUUUUGGCACCGCCAUAGCUGCCUUUUAUUUGCCGGUCACCAUUAUGAGUAUUUUGUACUGGAGGAUCUACAAGGAGACAGAGAAGCGCACCAAAGAGUUAGCAGGGCUACAAGCCUCUGGCACCGAAGCAGAGGCAGUGCAGUUUGUCCAUCAAACCGGCAGUUCCAGAAGCUGCAGCAGCUAUGAGCUGCAGCAGCAAAGCCUGAAGCACUCCAACAGAAGGAAAUUCAGACGCUGCCACUUCUGGCUCACAGCAAAGAGCUGGAAACCCAGUGCAGAUCCAGGGGAUCAGGAGCACAGCAGUAGUGACAGCUGGAACAACAAUGAUGCUGCCGCCUCUCUUGAAAACUCUGCCUCCUCUGAUGAAGAAGACAUUGCCUCGGAGACGAGAGCCAUUUAUUCCAUUGUGCUGAAGCUUCCUGGUCACAGUGCCAUCCUCAACUCCACAAAGCUACCCUCCUCAGAAGAUUUGCACGUGUCAGGGGAUGAACUACAGAAAUCUGACACUGAAUCAAAGGAGAGGAAACAUAAAAAGCUGCAUGCUCAGAAGAGUGUGGAUGAUGAGGGGAUUUUCCAGAAGAGUUUUUCUAAGCUUCCAGUUCAACCAGGGUCAGCAGCAGAAACAAACAAGACUGCUGAUGGCAUUUCAUCUGUGACUACGACACCUGCAGCCCUGCCUCUGUCGUUUAAGGAAGCCACUCUGGCAAAAAAGUUUGCCUUGAAGACCAGAAGUCAGAUCACCAAGCGAAAACGAAUGUCACUUAUUAAAGAGAAGAAAGCAGCACAGACACUCAGUGCCAUUUUGUUUGCCUUCAUUAUCACCUGGACCCCAUAUAAUAUCAUGGUUCUGGUGAACACCUUUUGUGAGGACUGUAUCCCCAAGACUUUUUGGAACCUGGGGUAUUGGCUUUGUUACAUCAACAGCACAGUGAACCCUAUGUGCUACGCACUGUGUAACAAAACUUUCAGAACCACCUUCAAGAUGUUACUGCUGUGCCAGUGUGACAAACGGAAACGACGCAAACAGCAGUAUCAGCAGAGGCAGUCAGUCAUUUUUCAUAAGCGGAUCCCUCGGGAGGCUUCAUAGAAUAGUAUUUUUUAACAAAUGAAAAAAUAUAGAUAUAUGUGUGUGUGUAUAUAUAUAUAUAUAUAUAUAUAUAUCGACAGCAAAGGGAGAAUGGAUUUGGGAGGGAGGGCGGUUCCAGAGUGCUGAUGAAAAUGUUUGAUCAUCAUGAAAAACAUGAAAGCAGCUGCCAGCUUAUGUUUCCUUUUAAUAAAUCCAGUUUAGUAUGAAAAUCAAAUCUGAAUUCAGCAAAAACAAAUACACUUCAAGAUUUUUAUUAAGGAAAUGAAAGACUUAAUAAAGUUUUCCUACAAUGUUACAAGUUGUAUAGCAAUUAUAAACUCAUUACUGAUCUGCCCAGGUUUUUGAUUGUAAUCAACUCUGGGAUCUCAGGUAAGCACAUCUAUCUAGACCAACUGUUUUCCAAGGAAUCCAACAAGUUUCAAGUUAAGUCACAUCUGGACACAGCAAACUAGCAAAACAUGAGUAUGAAAUUAUUUAAAACACUGUAUAGGUUGCAAAACUACUUCUUGUUGUCCUGGUUGAGCUUCCUUGUGUUCUCCUCUUUCGGUGUAUUGUUAAUUGUAGCCCUGAUUCUUAAAACUUAUUCAGUACCUAUUUUUGCAGCUCAUGUUGUGUGUGUGUGUGUGUGUGUGUGCGCGCGCAUGUGUGUGCACAUGUAUAUGUAUGUGUGUACACGUGAGAGAGAGUACACAAUGUACACUCACAGUCACAUAAUAUAUAUUUAGACACACACGGACAUAUACCAGGAAAGAAGUGAUUUAUCAGUGUAGGUCUUUACAUGGCUCCCAUCAUUGUGGUAUAUGAGUGAAAUAAAUUAUUUGGCAAAUUAUUCUCCAAGUGUAGAUUUAUUUCAUUAUUUUCUACUUGUCAUUCUAAUUUCUCUUUAAAACCCAGUGCAAUUCACAGAGAUUUGGAAUGGAGCUGGCUGAACUGCACUGUGAGCUCAGUACAGAAUUUUCCCAUGUGCACAUAUCAACCUAAACUUUAAUACAGAGAUACAGCCUGAUAAAACUACAGGUAGGUGUAUACAGUGCUGCAUCUGAGUCCAAGCGCUCAUACCUCACCAGAAGAACUGUAGGUAGCGGAGCCUAGCUACUAAACUCAAGGUAGAGAGCAUGGGAUUCAGGGAUUCAUAGUUUUCCCAGACUGAAUGGCUGUAUUUAAAGUGCAGGGACUUGUGAUUUUCUCUAUUUCAUACAAACUUAGAGGGGGCCUUGCACUUGUACAGACUGUUAGCAUCGCCUCCAGAUGCAAAAGGUUUGUGUAGAAGAAAUCUUGGACUGUUUUGAAACUGAAGGACAUUGAUUCAAACAUGUUUUUUUUUCACAAUCUGUUUUAAACAUUAUCAAGAUAAAUGCAUCCAAUUAUGUUCAACCCUGGGUUAUUCCACGUAACAAAAAAUAGUGGCAAUCACCAACUUAAAACCUGGCACUUUCUGAUAAAGAAAAAUUUUAAAAGGGCUUUAAUAUUUAUAGCUUAGACAUGACCAGUGUUUCCUGGUAUUUAUGAUGUGAUCUACACCAAACAGUGUGUACUUUAUAAAAGUCAGAGAUCCCCUGAGGAAAGAACUGUACUUUUACAUAUUGUUCCAAAUCUGAUUUAGUUACAUGUUGAAAGACAAAUUUGUAUUUUGUAUUAUCCUUUGAGCUGACCAAAACUUUUUUUUUUUUUGCUCACAGUCUUAUUUUGCUGAAAAUAAAAAAUAAAAAUAAGAAAAGAAACCCCUUCCUUUUUAAAGGGGCAUCAGUGUUGUGAACACAGAACCAGUGUAAAAGCUGCUUUUGUAUUCAGUGUGAGAUGGUGUUUACAGAUGAUUUUGACAACAGUGGAAGUAUAUUAAAUGGUGUCUGUGUAUCUGAACUAUUUAAUUUUGUGUUAUGUUUAUAUGAAGAAAUAUUUAUACAUAUUUCACCAAAUGUUUAUUUAAUGUUGAUAAGUAUUGCUCUUCAGUCUUCAACUGUAGUAUCCUUUGAAAGUGAUUCAUAAAGGUUUGCUUGAGCAAUGAAUAGACUAUAUCAAGAUUUUAUGGCACUAAACCAAGUGUUCAUAUUCCUGACAUACAUUGCUCCUUUCUUUGUAUGAGUUCUAUUAAAAUGCCAAUCUAAAACAAAGUUUGCAAGCUAUGCUUUAGCUUUAAUAAAAACUAAGAAAAAGUAGAUUUUGAGCUGUAUAUGACAGUCACAUUUAAUGGCGGAGAAGACAAUAACUGAUGAAUCAGCUCUUUUAGGCACAUACAACCAAAGAUUUAUUUUAAGAGCCCCUAGUGUGUCUUCUAAUAUUCACAGAAAAUUACAGAACUUUAUUCUACAGAACUGAGACACAAAGAAAUGAGUAUCUAAAAUUCAUUUUGUUACUCAAGUUGACCUAACUAAUGUUUUAACAUAUAUAUAUCUAGAUAUCUAGAUAUAUAGAUAUUGCCAUAUUGUUAUCUUCUGAUAUCUAAAUAGUGCCCUACAUACACAAAAUGUGAGAGCCAGGACGGAAACUAGAGUUCAGCAAGAGAAUCUAUGGCAUAUUGUUACGUGGAAAAUAUUUUUUUAACACAGCUAAGCUUCUUCUGAAAACAACUGUCGGCAUUGUUUACAUGAUAGGAAUAGUUAAAACCUUUGGAUUGUUUUCAGAGAAAAAAUAAACAAUCUGGUUUUUGAUGUGUGAACAGGCUUGAAAAUGUUAUUUGCAGACAUAGAAAAUUAUGUAUGUAUACACAUAUUGUAGCAUAGAUUAAUUUAGUUUUCUAUUUACUUAAUGGAACAUGCACUAUAAAAUAUUCAAAAUUUGGCUUAUUUGAAAAUAAAAUUCUAAACAAAUGUAAUCAAA